UUUAACCCCCAAUGUCACAUCAACCCAGUAACCCAAAUUACCACUAGUCCACACGUUCUUCCCAUUCAGUAAGCAAAACUGAAAAUUUCCGCUAUAUGAUGAUUAUUUUUUUCACUAAAUUUAUAAAAGAAUCAUCCAUUUCAAUUCCUAGUCGUUUUAAUUGAAUUAUUCCAUUGAUUUUCAUGAUGUGUUCGCCUUGUGCUCAAGAGGGUAUUUUUCAAAACCAGAAAAUUUCGAUACGCAGAAGCUGAAUUUUUCUCAUAGCCAAGCUGAAUUUUUCUCAUAGCCAGGUUGAAUGAUAAAAUUUCAUUGAUUUUUGGACUUUGAUUGGAAGCAUUAUCUGGGUCUGGUUAAAAAACGCGCUAAAUGGCGGUCUCUUUGCCUCUAACGGGUUCGUUGUUGUUCCCUCUUGCUACAAGCAAUGGGAGUUUUAGUAGAUCCUCUAGAUUCGUUGUUUCUAGUGAUAAAAGAAUGAGUUUGUUUUACAAUAAGGCAAACGAGGAAGGGACACAAAUUGUUUGUGCUUAUAUGGCACCUCCAAGGAACUUGGGAAGUGAUGAAUUGUCUGCCGCGAAACUCAAUGAUUCAUCUAAAUCAGAGAAUUUAAACACCUUAUGGGAGCCUGAGGAUGAUCGCAAUGUUCUUAUUGAGUGCCGAAAUGUCUUCAAGUCAUUUGGGGAAAAGCAUAUAUUGAGAGGUGUGAGCUUCAAGAUUAGACACGGCGAAGCUGUUGGAAUAAUUGGGCCUUCUGGCACUGGCAAAUCUACUAUUCUUAAGGUUAUGGCUGGACUUCUUGCUCCAGACAAGGGAGAGGUUUACAUUCGAGGUAGAAAGAGAGCUGGUUUGAUUGGUGAUGAGGAGCUAUCUUGUCUUCGAAUUGGAUUGGUGUUCCAAAGCGCAGCUCUUUUUGAUUCAUUGACUGUUCGCGAAAAUGUUGGUUUCCUUUUAUACGAAAAUUCAAGAAUGCCUGAAGAUCAAAUUUCAGAGCUUGUGAAGGAAAAUUUGGCAGCUGUUGGACUAAAGGGAGUUGAGGAUCGUUUACCAUCUGAGUUGUCUGGAGGAAUGAAAAAAAGAGUUGCUUUAGCUCGAUCUAUUAUUUUCGAUACCACAAAAGAGUCAAUUGAGCCAGAGGUUCUUUUGUAUGAUGAACCAACGGCUGGACUUGAUCCCAUUGCAUCCACUGUAGUUGAAGAUCUUAUCCGUUCAGUUCAUAUCAAAGGCAAAAAUGCACUUGGGAAACCUGGGAAUAUUGCAUCUUAUGUGGUUGUUACUCACCAACAUAGUACCAUUAGAAGAGCUGUUGACAGGUUGAUAUUUCUCCAUGAGGGUAAAAUUAUUUGGCAAGGGAUGACUCAUGAAUUCAUGACAUCAGACGACCCGAUUGUCCAGCAGUUCGCAUCAGGGAGCCUCCAAGGACCCAUAAGAUAUUAGACAUACAAUACCAUAAUGUAAUUGUGAUGCUAAUUAUGGCAUAAUCAAUCGUAAGUUGGCACCAAAGGAGCUUCCAGAUGGGAAUGUCAGCAUUUUGUCAACCUGUGCUGGAAAUUUUACCCUGCCAGCUGCUUUCUGCAAAACUUACUAGAGCCUGGAAGCUUUUAAUAAAGCUUAUUGCAUCCAUGAGCAAUUUCAUUCUUGGAUGCAUAUUCUAUUACGUUGAGGGACGGGGACUGACAAAUAUGAUCUGUAUUAGGAUAGUUCAUCGUCUUGUAAGUUUAGUGAAUUUUGUGAAUCUGGUCAUGGUUUCAGCCUCAUUCUAGGAAAUGAAAUGAAAAGCUUAGUAUUGAAAGAGUUGUAUACCAA